GCGGGAUUUUACCUGUCAAGUUGGUUCAUGAUCUCGCACAAGAAACACUGAAGAUAACGACCAAUAUCAAUUGCUCUCAACGUACAAUCACUGAAUAUUUUCAAAUCUGUAUAUUUCUGUCUUUGUCUAUACUUAUUUAAUUGUUUUUUUAUAUAUGAAUUGCCAUUGAAAAUGUGCAAAAGCUGAUGUGUUGUCAGGAACGCUGCAAAUCUGAUAUAUAAAUUUGCAAGCAAAUAUGAGUGGGCUAGGCAAGAAGAAGGGAGAAAGGCUGCUGGCAGAGGAGGAAGAGGAGGAGGGAAUCUCAAAUCCAUCCAUGGAUGAUGAGCUGGGAGAGUACACACAGACUGGCACAGACUCCUCACCAGAGAUGGAGGCAGCUGAAGCUGAUGCUCUUGUGAAGACCCUGAAGACCAAGAGGAAAAGAAAAAAGAAGGAGCUUGCAGACUCCGUAAUCUCUCCUAAAGAUGAUCUGGCACGUCAGCUAAAGGAAGCAAAACGGAAGAGUAAGGCUGCGGUGGAUGAGAGUGAGCGCCAGGAGCUAGAGGAGACGGCGGGGGCAGUGUCAGAAGUGGCGGAUGAUGGUACCCUGCCCAUGCCAGAGGGGGAGGAGGGGGAACCGGUGACAUCGGAGGAGGAGAGCAGGAUCAGGAAACUUAAGAAGAAGACUGAAGAAACCCCACUAGAAGGGCCCCCAGAGUUGGAAGGGGAGGAAGAGGCCAAACCAGAGGUAGAGGAAGAGGAAAAACCUGCAGAAGUGGUGGAGCCUCCUCCCCAGCCUCCCUCUCCUGAGGCAGAGCCAGAAAAGAAACCACCAAGAAUGGCCUCACUCCGGGCCAAGAUGAAGGAUAGGCUCCAGAAAGCUAAGGAGGAGGCUAUGGAGGAGGUGAAGGAGGAGGAGAAGACAAGUCGGAAGGAACGACGACUCCAGAGGGACAAGAAACAAACCACACGCUUCGACACUGAUACAUCUCCAGAUUACAAAGAGAUUGACGAAGAGGAGUUGGAGAGACGGACAGAAGAACAGCUGAAGAGGAUGGAGAGGAAGAAGAAAAAGACCCCCACUGGAAAAGAGGGCCUUGCCAUGCCAACUACUGAAGAGUCAUACGACUUCUUUACACGUGUGUGGGAACCAGAGCCGCCGGUGGAAGAGGAGGCGGUGGAGAAGGCUGAAACAGAGGAGAAGGAGAAGGAAGAAGGCGAGGAGAAGGAGGGGGAGGGUGAGGAAGGUGAGCCAAAGCCAGGCAAGGAGGAUGAGCAGCCUCUGAUCACAAAAGAAGAUGAUGAUAUUGUACUGAAUGUGUACACAGUCACCUGUGCUGCGGAGGUACUGGACAUCGAUGAGCAGAUACGCAAAGAGAAUGAGAUGUACCAUUAUCCUUCCUUCGCAACUGUUCCUGACACUGAAAAGCUGGGUGAGGAGGUUGAUGUAAGGAGACUAGAGGACGAGGGCUUCUACGUCGGUACCCGGCCAGCCACCAACACCUGGAACCAGAACCGCAUGGAAAACAGGCUCCUAAAGGAAAUCCAGAGUGGGCGUGAGAGUAGCCGUGGGUGGUUUGGUGAGGAUGGGCGCCUGCUGGCCUUGCCUGACCCCCUGAGGUCCAGUCCCUCUAGACCCCCUAUUAGUGAAGAAGUGGAACCCAUACUGCAGCUGGACUUCAAGAAGGCUGUGAUCCGUGAGUUUGACAACCGUUACAUUGAUGGUAUGACGUCUGGUGUUGGACACUACCAGCUGGAUGUGGACAUUAACCAGGUGGAGUUCUCCCACCAUCAUCUGUACAGCAAGGAGCACGCCCUCGCACAGAAGCUUACACAGCUGUAUGAGCAGUAUGUCAUACGCCAGGGACGGAACAUGACAUCGUACCUCGGAGAAAAGCUGAAAGCCCUAAAGAACUCUGCACUCCAUUUACAAGACCACAUAGCAGGUCAUAAGUCCGAAUACAGCAUACAAGACAGAACCAAUUAUGACCGCAGGUUGCAUGACUACAGGGCUGAAAUCAGUCAGACACGUCAUCAGCGUGACCUGGAGGAAAAGACGGACCGUGUUUUACUGCGCAACAUCCUGAGCACGUGGAAGGGGAUCAAGAAGGAGCGUGAGAUACAGGGAUACACAAACACGCCUGUCAAACUGCUCAUCAGGAAGGAGGAUGUAGAUGUGACGCAGGACCAGUUCGUCUGGAAGCAGGAGAUCGAGGAAGAGAUGGAGGAGCUGCGUGAUGAACAAGAGCGUGAGUUCAAACACAACAUGCUCACAUACGAGGAGGAGUUGAAGAGAUACCAGAACCAACAACAGGCCAAGGCUGAUGCAAAAAAGAGGAUAGACAAGAGGCGGAAGAAACGGCGCGGGUCGAAGCAGAGUCGGGGGAGCGGAAUGUCGGGGCUUGAGGACUAUGAUGAUGAGCAACAGAGGAAGGAUGAGGAGCUGUUGACAGAGGGUGACCUACCGCAGCCGGAGCCCCCAGAGAUGUUUGAUGAGCGCCUAGCCCGUGAAAAUGUGGAGAGGAAGGCCCGUGAGAACAGGAGGAAGCCUGGGGAGCCCCGCCUACACCUGGAGUUCUCUAACACUGCCACCAUCACACCCACAAACAACUGUAAACCUGAGGAGCAGAGGAGGCGGUCUGACGUGUCUCGCUGUAUGAUCUUUGUCAAGGUUCUCUUCAACAACAAGGAGGUCUCCAGGACAAACCUUAAGGCACUUAGUCAGGACUUCAAAGUGAGUUUUGGCCAGAUCUUUAACAUGAAGAUUGUACAGUGGCCAGAGAGCAUCACCUUCCAGGUGUAUGAGAGUUUUGGCCUGGGGUCUGACUUGAUGGCAGAGUUAUGUGCCCCUAUCCCGGACACGAGUGUCACGACAGCCUCCGUACAGCUGGAGGAGUUGGAGUUUUCCAGCGAUCAUAGAGUGAGCCACGGACAUGCAGCUGUUGGCAGUGGUCUGCCAUUCACGUACGGCAUAGCAAGUGAAGAUAUAGUGAUCCUUAUGACAACGGGGAUGGUGACGUUCAGCGUGUCAUGGGCUGUGGAUGAGCAUGGCCAUGCCCUUGUGCCACCAUCAGCCUCCACACACCAGAGCUCCAUGUUCCAGCAUAUGAAGAGAUUGGAUCCUCUGGCAGCGAUCGGGGCAGCCGGGGUGAUGGACAUCAAGAAGCUGGCAGACUGGUUUGCCACCUCCAGACUAGAUCCCAACGACCCCAGUAACGCAGACAUUGUGUACAUGCUCAGGGGUAAGGGUGGGGACAUGAGUCACCUAACACCUGCUGAGUAUUUCCGACUGGAGCAGCUCAUGGCCGAGUUUGACUUUGUAUCGGAGAAGGAGCUGAUGGAUAAUCGACGGUUCCGACUGAUCCAGCUGCGUGAUGAGGAGGUUCAGGAGUUUCGCAACUACAAGAUGGUGCCUGCACUGGAACGGGAGGUCCCCAAGGAUGCAUUUGCCGAGUAUGAACGCAAGAAGCGUGAAGAGCAGCGUCUACUGCAGGAGGAUGACAUUGAGUCACAAAGGGCUGCUGUCAAACGAUUCAGGCAGAAGAUACGCGAGCAGGUGAUGCGCACAUUCCGGUACCAGGCCCACAUGAAGAGCUGGGACGAUAUUGUCAAGGAGGAGAUGGUUCCUAAUGUAGCGUUGCUGGGCACAAGCAUAAUGAAGAUAUUUGCUCGGCGGACGCCACUGAAGCCAACUCGUAAGAAGCAAAAGAAGGUUGCUGCCCAGAGCGUAAAGGGAGACGAGGUUCGCAUUGUCGUCAACAUUGGACGCGCACAGAACAUCCCUGUGAGGAUCGCGGCAUCUAUGCAACCAGGCGCGGAGGGUGAAGGUGCAGGGCAGCAGUUAUGGAGGUCUGGUACAGUGACGCAGAGAGAUCCAGCACAGAGACAGUUUGAACAGAUGUCUGCAGACCACACAACGAUGGUGCGCCCGUUUGUGGAGGUCAUGUUCCAGAACAACAGGGUUCGAACAUCUGUUGGGGACGGCUCCAACCCAAGCUUCAAUGAGGAACUCGAAAUCCCAUUCAAGGCACCGUUUGAUGACUUCUCCCCAGCAAGCCUGGAGACUGUGUCUGAUUCCCUCUUUCUCAAUGUGUUUGAUGAAGUCGUUGUUGAUGUGCAGGAGGAUGACAGAGAGAGGGAACGUGUGGUCCACCAGAGGAUCGAGAAGAAGUGGCUGGGCAGUCUCAAGAUUCCCUUCACCACCAUAUACUUCAAUGGCAAGAUUGAUGGCACAUUCCGUGUGAACGCCCCGCCAGUACUGCUGGGAUAUGUGUACGAGGGUCUUGGUCAUGGUAGCGAGGACAUCCCCAUUAACAAGGACAUGAAGACCCUUCUGUCCCUCUAUAUCUCCAUACAGCCUCCCCUCACACAGCCAGAACCGGUCAAGGAGAAGUUUUCCACAAAUGAGGACGAGACCACGAUGGUCCUGGCUGACCAAUGGCAGGAGGCAGUGUCUUCGAGGUUCACACCGAAACGCGAGCUCAAAACCUUCGUCACAGACAUCAACUUCAAGUCCGUGUUCAUCACUCGCUACUUCAGGCCCAUCAAACCACCAGAUGAGUUCACAGGCAAAAGUUCUGAUCUGGUAGCGAGGUAUGUGAGUCUAAUUCCGUUUGUGGCUGACUCCUCCAUCUUCCCUGGCCUCUGUGACAUCUGGAAUACUUGUGAUCAAUUCCUGCAGAUGUUGUCUGGUGAUGAGGAGGAGCAUGCUAUUCUGCUGGUGAACUACCUGCUCUCCUUCGACAUGAAGGCCUACUUGAUCUGCGGGAAUGCCAUCCCAGAGGGCCCAACAUCGUACGUCCUCACUGAGGAGGGCAAUGACUUCUACAUCUGGAACCCCUCCACUGGCGAGAAGUUCCGCACCAACAACCCUACAUGUCCUCUGCGCAGUAUUGGCUGUCUGGUGAACGCUGAAAAUAUCUGGGCAAACAUCCAGCCAUAUGACAAGCCAGACCAGAUGAUGUACCGACUGUCAGACACCUCCUGCUGGGAACCACUCUUCAAUAAAAGUCGACCUAACCCGGGACUACAGAGCAUACAGCCUGACUCCCUGUACUACUACCCCACAGACAAGGAUUACGUGACAGAGCUGCAGGAGAAGAUCAUGCAUGUGUUGAAGAACAAGAUCAUGGACUGGCGGGCGCGCUACAUUACACGCUGGAACAGACAUUGCUCUCAAAUCAUGAGGAAAACUCUACCACUGCUAGAGGAGUCACUGGGCCUGACGGUCGGGGAGCAGCACAUCAAGGAGCUGGAACAGUCAUUCUCCACAUACAAGGUGUCUGGUUUCCCCAUCAAUAUGCCAUUUACAGACGUUGAUGCCAUCGUAGAGACUGUGUACGCCACAGGAGUGCAUGGACACGAGUCUAGUGAAAUGGAGUUUGCCUUGGCAGUAUACGUUCAUCCCUACCCUAACUCUGUGCUCUCAGUUUGGGUGUAUGUGGCCUCACUCCUCAAGAACAGAUGAGCACACCAGUAGCUAAGGCUAUAGUGUCUCUGUAUUAAAGUGCAGCACUAGUAAUGUUUUCAAUAUAAACAUGCUCAGUGAAUUAUUAUAAAGUACAUGGAUAUUCAUUUCAGUGAAUUUGCAUUACCUUUGACAUCAUCUAAAUGCAAGUAUAUAUGAAAUUAUAUUACACAUGGACAAUCUCAGUUAAAUUAUAUAAGGAACUGAUAAAUCGUUUUAAAUUGUGCUCUGAGGACAUACUGUCCAGUGGUUUUAUAGAUCUGUGAUAUUGUUAAUUAUAGUUUUAAUAUUUAUUUAUAUUUUAGCUUUAAUAGAUAAUGUAUCAUUUGAAAUAUAAUUAAAAUAAACUGAAGUAAGA